AUGACCGCUUCCGCCAACUUGUACCGAUGCAGAGAGAUCGGGGACCUAUUGAGAUUCAAAGGAUGCGCUAAUUCCAGUCCUCUCAACUUCGUUCACGAGUGCCAUGCUUGUAAAGCGUACAAGACCGCAAACCACAGAUUGCUACUGCCCAAGUUGUUGAUCGUCAGCAUUUCUUUCUUUCAAGUCGACAACGCCUGGCCUAAAAAGCCUUUUGACCUCUCACAUACAUCGAUCGUCAUCGGUUUGCGCCCACCUAUCCGGCUCUUCGGCUAUCCUCUGCCAAUCGCUCAGCGCUCAGAGCCUCUCGGUUACCCCAAUCCCGACGCCCUAUUCGUCGUUAUGUACAUGCUCGUCGCCGCCACGGGCUGCCGCAACGACACACAUACGGAUCGCUCAUUGGGGUCUUGUUCCUCGUCUCUUCUCGCGUGGACACCGACUUCUAUGGACGAUGGGGGGCGUUGGGCGUGGCUAUUGCACAUAGGUCUAGAAGCGCUUCGACUCCGUUGCACAGCAUGUUGGCUAUUCUCCGAAAGCGAAAUGCAGGGUGCUUGGCGACUCCGCACAUCCUCCGCAUUAGCAUGA